AUGAAGUUUCUCUCCUGCGUCUCUCUUCUCGCCGCCCUCCUCGCGUCCGUCGAGGGCAGGGGCAGGGCGGGAGGAGACACCACUCACGAGUUCAGGCCUGCGACGCACAAGUUCAAGCCCUGCUCCCGCCCUAAGAAGCUCCCGGGAAGCCGCAAGCCGCUGAUCCCCAAGAAGGAGGUCCACCUUGCCUACGACCCGGUCGAGGAAGGGGGCGAGGGCUCCAUUGACAUGACGCUCCUCAUGAAAGAACCUGCUGUUGUUCUGGAGGACGUUGAAGAUAUUAUCGGUACCAUUUGCGGCAAGGGCUUCAUCGACGUUUCUUUCUUGAGCAAGGAUGCCUUUGACGAAGCCUUGGCGGAUUGGAUCGACAAUGAGGCCCUCAUCUUCAUCACCAACCAUCUGGGCAACUGUGACACGGAGCUCGAGCGCGGAUUCUUCCUCGCCAGCGGAUUGGAGCCCAACGCCGAGACGUUGUCCAUUCGGGCCAACGCCGCGAAGAAAACUCUCGAGACCAUCGCCGCGGAUCUGGAGAUCAACUUUACCUCCAUCCCCGGAGCCACGGUGGACAAGCGAGCCGUCAUCGACCCCAGCCUUUCCAUCACCAUCUCCGAGGGCCUAGACCCCAACACUGUCCUUUACACCGACGGCACCUACUUCACCCUCACGGCCAACGAGGCCCAGUUCACCGCAACCGCCACCUUCUCCGGCUACCUCCACUACAACUUCCUUCUCUGGAGACUCGAGGCCUUGUAUUUCGACAUCGACGCCUCCUUCGACGCUUCCUCACCAUCUCGGCCGACCCUCUCCUACGACUUCGUCUCCGUUCCCGGCAUCGUCAAGCUAGGGCCGGGACUAGACUUCGGAAUCGGCUGUGAUCUCGACGUCUCCGCCGCCGUCGGCGUCACGACCUCGGCGGGCACCGGCACCUCGGGCUGGGAGCCCCAGUACCGCGCUUCCGCCAACAUCACCGAGCGUGCCGAGGUCGGCGUGGACGUCUACGUGGAUCUCACCGUCGAGCUGGCGUUUGAACUCCUCGGCGGCCUCGUGGACCUCUCCGCCGGCAUCACGGCGACUCCCGGGUUCGACAACAAGUUCACCGUCGCCGCGUCCCAGGGCGCGGGCGUCGAAAGCCGCGAGGCUGGAGAGGCCGUGACCAAGAGGGAUGUGGCCGUUGUUGGCCUCGAGACGCGCCAGGAGGUGGCGUGUGCCGAGACGAAUGCCGUGCAUCUUGUGACGGACUUUACUUCAAGGUGA